AGUCAAUACACAAGCAUUCAUUUGUCUCCAUGUCUCUCUCUGUCUAGUCUCCACAUACAAAGGCCAUGCACCCGGCCACUCUGUCAGCCCCAUCCAAGUCUGUCUGCCUGUCCGUCUGUCUCGAAGACCAGACCGCUGGCAAUGGCGAGUGCGGAAGGCUCUGUCUUACGCUGUCUUUGCGUUCCAAGUGAAAAAAAAACAGUCAUAUUUACACAGUUUUUAAUACGCACUCCCUUCUCACAACACCGCCAUCCAGCUAUCUAUCUAUCUAUCUACCUACCCGCCCGACCAUCUGUUUCGUCCCCACCCCUGCCUCCACUGCAUGCCCUUCAUGGCAUCCACCACCUCCAUGCUCAUCCACCCAGCACGCACCAUCCCAAUGCCGCCGUCAACGCCCAGCUCCUCCCGCACACGUGUGCUACUCGCGUCACCCAGCCGCAUCAGCACCCCAGCUCCGCACAGCAGCACAAACACGCCACCGUCCGCAGCUAGUGUCGACGCAGACGCAUUGCCGUGGGUGAAGGGCACAAGGUGUGCCGUCACUUGCUGCUGCCGCUGUUGGAUGGAUGGCAGGGUGACGGUGACGGUCCUGUGGUGGUGCUGCCUGAGUAUUUCGUGUCGGAUGGUGUCUGUGGCUGGCUGUCGCUCCAGGCAGACAAUGCGGCGGUGUCGCUGCUCCUCGAGUGACUGUGGUUGGCGCCACAGCUUGCAGCGGAGAGCGAAGUCAGCACCGGCCACCUCCCAUACCUCUGAACCAACGAACGGACAAACACAUCACAGGCAUAACGCAGCGCUUAGAGGCGUUGAUUGUCUUUCAGUUGUGCAGGUGAUCCACGCAUGUGGCGGUACCGAGCUUCAUGCCUUUCAUGUCGACUCGCUGAGGGAUGACCUUGGCCAGCUCCCUGAACCACACACGACAGAUGCGAUCCGCACCAUGAUUCGACAUCUCAUCUCCUCCCACACAGAACUCACUCGGCCAGUGCCCAGCUGCUGUGCCAUCCCCAUGGACACACCGACAGCCACGCUGACCCAACGGCAGGCGGCCGAUGUGUCUGGCAGGCCACCUCGCAGAGCCUGACACGGUCGGCCAGGCUCAGCGAAGGCUCCCCCUUUUUGGCCUGCUUAUUGUCUACGUACUGCUCGGAGGACGGGAUCAAAUAUCCUGCAUGGCAUGGCAUGCAGCACACAGGACAUUGACUGACAAGUGGUUUGCCUACAAGGCGUCUACAAGGCGUCCAUCCUACCUACCUUGCGCCACAGGCACCCCGAAGAUGGUCUGCACAGCAGCCCGGCAGACCUCCAUCGCCUCCAAAUGGCCAUUGUGCACCUAAACGCACAAUCGACGAGUGAGUGAAUCCAAUUGAGUGAAUCUGUCUGUGUGUCACGUGUCAUCUUGGCUUACAGGGCAAAGUGCGCCGGAGAGCAUCAAAACGGCCACGCGUGUCUGGUGCUCGACGGCCUCGAUGCGCUCAGACAGGCUGUCUAUCGGCAAGGGCAGCAUCUCCGCUGUCGUCAUCAGACGCUCUGGUCGCUUUCCGUUACGUCGCGUCAAAACGACCCCUCG